AGCUCUAGCCAUCACGGUAUCUGGUUUCAGUAUUUUACUGACACUUAAAGUAGAAUUGUAAGCUCUGUUAAAACCCCACUACGAACAAUUGGGGUAUAUCAAGAUUCUAAUUUUUGUUUUGCUGUGUCUCACAUUUCACUAGAUAUCGGUUUGCAUGGUGUUGUAAUGAUCACUGCGUUUAAAUUAGAUACCGUAUGAUUUGUUUACUAUAAUCCACGAGAUCAAAAUAACAGACAACUCUGGCUGGGAAAAUUGUUAUUACACAUUUACUUAGUAUGCUUUUUGUCUGCAUCAACCACGUGUUGUUUACCUGUUUGCAUGCGCAGUGGUGUGUAGAUGACGCUACGAUGAAUUGUAAAGGAAGCAUUGAGUAGCGUUCACACAUAUGAACACACAUGAAUGAUUUAUAUGUCAGCGUCCUGUGACGAGACCUUAAAAGUUAACAGGCUGAGACUACUUGGUACAUCAGAAAUGGCGAUGCUACAGGAGGUUAGUUCGUGGUUCUGGAAAGCUGACCACUGGCUGCACAACACAACAUGGGACGAAAUCGAAAAUCCACCCCCUGGUGUAUAUUAUCCUUUAGGAAGAGACAUUCUCCUCCCAAGCAUUGCUAUUGCAGUUAUUCUACUUGGUAUUCGACUGGUGUAUGAUUGGAUAUUGGUGGUUCCCUUUGCGUUAUGUGUCGGCCUGAACUUCAAGAAGCAGUACACCAUAGAGAAGAAUCCGACUCUAGAAGCUGCGUAUGCUGUUGACAAGUACAACGACCAAACAUAUGCGGAGGAGUUAGGCAAAAAGACAAGUCUGACAGGGAGACAGAUACAGAGAUGGUUCCGACACAGACGCAGUCGAGAAAUGCCAGGCAGGAUGAAAAAGUUCAGGGAAUGCAGCUGGUAUUUCCUGUUUUACACAAUCAGCUUCCUUUCCGGUCUGUACAUCCUGUGGGAUAAACCUUUCUUCUGGGAUACCAAGUACUGCUGGAUAGGUUGCAGUAAACAUCAUGUACCCAACGAUUUAUACUGGUACUACACGAUUGAAAUGGGGUUCUACUGGCAUAUGUUAUUGAUGUUGAUGUUUGACAGCAAAAGAAAAGACUUCCCAGAGUUGGUCGUCCAUCACAUAGUCACUGUACUGCUCCUGUAUUUUUCCUUCGUCUCUAACCAACUUCGUAUUGGUUCGCUGGUGCUUAUUCUACACGAUUCCAACGACUUUAUGAUGGCUCCUUCUAAGAUGGCUAACUAUGCAAAAAAACAGGUUUUAGCCGAGUACUUCUUCGUCGUGUUCUUCGUGGUGUGGUUAGUUUCAAAGCUGAUCAUCUAUCCGUUCUGGUUAGUCUGGUCUGCAACCUUCGAGUCAUUGCAGUAUAUAGAUAGAAACAGUCUAACAAUUGCAUACUGGUCCCUGAACUCUCUGCUCUGGGUCCUCCAGAUUCUUCAUAUAAUCUGGACCAUUCUGCUAUCCCGCAUCAUCCUUUCAAAGUUUUCUACUGACCAGAAGAUGAAAGACGUUUCCGAGGAUACGGAAGAUUCCUCUGAUGAAGAGGAAGACGACAUAUCCAAGGAAACUGACGUCAUCACCAAUGGAUCCACCAACGGUCUGACUAGACGUCCACAGACCAAUGGCACCAGGGGUUAAAGGUCAGAGAUGUGCGACAGGACGAAGCAAACAGACAGUUUCGUCUGAAGUUAUUGACAUUUGUUUACGAGGAGUGAUCCAACUUCUCGAAAAAUACUUUCUUUAAAACAUAUUUUUAUUAAUUUCUUUGUAAGAUAUAUUUUUCGAUAUUUUUUAAUAUAUAUACACCUUUUAGCAGAUAUUGUAAUAUUUGUUUGCCAUAUACGAUUUUGUAGGCAGAGCAGAUAGCGACUGCUGAUCUACCAACGAAAACAUUAUACGAUGGUACACUUGUAUGAACACGUUACAGGGAGUCACCAAGCUGAUUUUUCCUUUCACGUUGACGGGAAUAUUGUUUUGCUAUUUAGCACAGCAUAAUAUUUUGUUCAAGUCCAAAGAUAAAAAAUGUUGCAAAAAUGUGCUAAUUUUUGUAUAUAUAGUAUCUGAGAAUGACAUAUCGAACCUCAGGACAUUGUUUAAUAGUUAUGAUUUGAUUUUCAUGUAAAUGUUUCAUAAAGAUAGUCAAGAUUGAUUAAUAUCUAAUUAGCACAACUUUUCCCUUUUAAUCUAAUAAAUAUGAUUCCUUACGUUAAAGAUACCAUUUUGCAGGUCAUUACAUUUCAUCUUACAAAUGUCCCGGAAUUCAGAUCUUAACCAAACUCCGUAAUCCAGGGGCGGGUCGUUGGGCGUACUUCAUAAUUUGAUGCUUAAUUGUUGAAAUCCAGGAGCUUCUGAGCUUCCCCAUGGACUCUACCAGGGCAACCGUAAUUACGCCUCCCGUUCAUAAAAUCCUGGCCUAGAACUAUUGAAAUGUUAAGUAACGCCUUAUACCCUAGAAUUUGGAAUUUCUCGUUAUUGGUCUACUGCUGUUAAGAUCCAUCCAAUCAUUUUAAUAUACCAUAGACAAUUAAUGGAGAGAAUUCGGCAUAAAAAAAUGUCAAACCCUGACACCGUAAC